AAAUCCCACAGUUUCAUGUUCCAACCCUUUCUCUUUCACUAACUUCUUCAAUUCAAUUAAUCUUCAUUUCUGAACCAGCCAAAUCCUGGAAGAAAAGAAAUCACUAGGAUAAACCCACACACCUUAAAUUCCACCGGUUUCUGAUGCAGUGAAAUCGAAAGUACGCAUUGCAAUGGGGAGAGAAACAGAAAUCCUCUCUCGCCUCGCCGCUAACCACCUCCACCUCGCUCAAUUCGAGCCCUUGCGCGGUGUUCUCUUAGCCCUACGGGCGCGAAACCGCGACCUCGCUCGGGAUAUUCUUCAGACCAUCGUUGCCCGAUCGGGUCGGGUCCCUAAUGUUGCGUGGUCCAGUUCCUGUUCCUCCCCCGCGCUCCUCACCUUCUUAUCUACACAGGAAUUGCUGCAAUUGGACAACGCAUCCUCGGCGUGGAACUUUGACUCUGAAACGCUGCGUUUGCGCGCCGAAUUUCUGUUGCUAGUUCAAGAUUUGAUAGACCUGCUGCCGGAGGGUGAUGGAGAGUUGGGGAAUUGUAGAGGAGUAUUGGAUAAACUUUUGGAAUUGGGCGCAAAGUGGUUGAGAGUGGACGGGGAUGGUGAAAUUGAUGGGAGUGUGAGUGUUACUGUGAUCGAAGAAGGAGAGUUGGCGAGUAUGAGGAAAUUAAUUUUGGAUCACGAGCGUGUUUUUGACUCUCUAUGUGGGAAUAUACAUAGGCAAAUUAGGCACUGGGAAUGUGAGGAUUCGGGGGAGGGAAGUGGAGGGUUGGAAGAGGAGGAUGCUAGGGUGCUUCGUGGGAUACAGAGAACGGUGCAGGUUGUUCAUUUGAAUGCUAUGAGGGACAGUCUUGAAUCGGGUGAUGCAGAAGGGGCCGUUUCUCAUAUACGUUAUCUGCAUUUUGAUUAUGGAGUCGAGCAGCAAUCGGAGUACCGCAUAGUUUUGAAAGAUCUCCUCAAGGUUGUCUUGUCAAAAAGUGAUAAGUUUGGAGACUCAUGGCUUAUCAUGCGUAAUCAAUUGCUACAUAUCUAUAGUGAAGCCAUUUCAUCAAAUUGCAGUGAUAUUGUACAAAUGUUGCAGAGCAUUCACGAUGAGCUAUUGUCUGAAGAGAUUGAAAUUGAUAGAGUUCAAACUGAGAACUUCAUUCCACAUCCUCUUGUACGUCUCCAAAAAUAUCUAGAAGAAGUAAAGUCUGGUAAGAAUUCAGAUGAUAAAACAUUACCCCCAAAUGACGUAAUUAGGCACUGCAAGACAUCUAUGUAUCAUUAUGCUCGUGUUUCUGGACUACACGUUCUUGAGUGUAUUAUGGAUACUUCCCUGUCUUCUGUGAAGAGGGAGCAGCUGGAUGAAGCUAGCAAUGUCCUCCAGUUGUUUCCACUGCUUCAGCCUUUGGUAGCGGCCAUGGGUUGGGAUUUAUUGGCUGGUAAAAUAGCAGCACGAAGGAAGUUAAUGCAACUUCUCUGGACAAGUAAGUCAAAAGUAAUUCGGCUUGAAGAAUCUUCUCUUUAUGGUAAUAAAUCAGAUGAGAUGUCCUGUGUGGAGCAUCUAUGUGACACCUUAUGCUAUCAGCUUGAUCUUGCCUCUUUUGUUGCUUGUGUGAAUUCUGGCCAGUCUUGGAAUUCAGAAUUCUCAUUAAUGCUUUCUGGAAAAGAGCAAGUGGAAUUUAGAGAUGAAGAUGCUUAUUCUGAUCCUUUUGUUGAGAACUUUGUGUUGGAACGACUUUCGGUCCAAAGUCCUCUUCGGGUACUAUUUGAUGUUGUUCCAGGCAUAAAAUUCCAGGAAGCCAUUGAAUUGAUUAGUAUGCAGCCAAUUUCUUCUAAUAUAGAAGCCAACAAGAGGAAGCAAGAUAUAGAACUCAUGCAUAUGCGUUAUGCUUUAGAAUCAACUGUUCUUGCUUUAGGAGCAAUGGAAAGGAGUAUGUCUGGCGAAAUAGAAAUCCACCAAGAUGUGCCAUUAUUUCAUUUAAAGGACUUGCAGAACCAUUUGGAUGCAAUAAGUAAUCUUCCACGCAAGAUUUUGAUGGUGAAUGUCAUCAUUUCACUACUGCAUAUGGAUAAUACCUCUGUUAACUUGAUGCAUUGUGGAUUACCGGGAAGCAGUUUGAAACUAUCAAAUGCUUGGUCUUCAGAAGAUAGUUAUUCGACUAGAAGUGAAGGGGGCAAUAAGAUGGUUAUAUCCUUUACUAGUGUGCUACUUGAUAUAUUGCGCCAUAAUAUUCCAUCCUCUAUGAUUGAAUUAGAGAACUCACUAGAUGAUGGUAUAAGCACAACCAGCAGACAGGCUCUCGAGUGGAGAAUCUUAAUCUCAAAGAGUUUCAUUGAAGAGUGGGAAUGGCGUUUGUCAAUUUUGCAGCAUCUCCUACCAUUAUCUGAACGACAAUGGAGAUGGAAAGAGGCACUAACAGUGUUACGUGCAGCUCCCUCCAAGCUACUCAACCUUUGCAUGCAAAAGGCAAAGUUUGAUAUUGGAGAAGAAGCAGUUCAUCGGUUUUCGUUAUCUGCUGAAGAUAAAGCUACUCUCGAGUUAGCUGAAUGGGUAGAUAGUGCCUUUAGACAAAAUUCUGUUGAUGACGUGGUGUCCCGUGUACAGGAUUUAGAUUUUUCCUCUUUAAGUUCCCAGUUGGGUCCCUUGGCUACAAUUCUUCUUUGUAUUGAUGUUGCUGCAACUUCUGCGAAGUCGGCAAAGAUGUCUCAGCAAUUGCUUAAACAGGCCGAAAAUAUGUUGUCUGAUAUAUAUCCUGGAGGAUCUCCCAAAGAUGGCUCCACUUAUUGGGACCAGAUCCUUGAGAUAGGAGUUAUCUCUGUGGCAGGGCGUCUUCUGAAACGCUUGCACAAGUUCUUGGAGCAGGACAACCCUCCAGCACUUCAGGCAAUCCUAUCUGGGGAAAUUGUUUUCACAUCAUCUAAAGAGUCCCACCGGCAAGAGCAGAGGGAACGAGCUCUUGCUUUAUUACAUCUGAUGAUUGAAGAUGCGCACAUGGGCAAGCGGCAGUUUUUGAGUGGUAAGCUUCAUAACCUUGCAAGAGCUGUUGCUGAUGAAGAAACUGAAUCAAGUACUACUAGAGCUGAAGGAUUGUAUGCUGAUCAGGGUGUUACUUCCAACAGUGACAAGGACAUUCUACUUGGGCUUGGGUUUAGAGUUGUUAAACAAAUACCUUUAAGUUCAAGUGGCGGAGAGUCUAGCCUUCAGUCUGCUGGUUAUGACAUUAAAGAUGCUGGGAAGAGAAUAUUUGUUCCCUUGAGUGGAAAACCCGUGACAUAUCUCUCACAAUUCAUUCUUCAUGUUGCUGCAAUUGGUGAUAUAGUUGAUGGGACUGAUACUACACAUGAUUUUAACUUUUUCUCCGUCGUGUAUGAAUGGCCUAAAGAUCUUUUGACCCGUCUUGUUUUUGAAAGAGGCAGUACUGAUGCUGCUGGGAAGGUAGCGGAAAUUAUGUAUGCAGAUUUUGUACAUGAGGUGAUUUCUGCAUGUGUGCCUCCGGUUUAUCCUCCACGAUCUGGAAAUGGGUGGGCAUGCAUUCCUGUUGUUCCUACAUUUCCUAAGAGUAGCUCUGAAAACAAAGUGCUGUCUCCCUCAUCUAAAGAUGCAAAACCUAAUUGCUAUUGCCGUUCUUCAGCAACACCUGGAGUGGCUUUGUACCCUCUCCAGUUGGAUUUGGUGAAACAUUUGGCAAAAAUAUCCCCGGUGAGGGCUGUUUUAGCAUGUGUAUUUGGGAGUAGUAUACUGUACAACAGCAGUAGCUCAUCAAUUUCAAGCUCUUUGAGUGAUGGAUUACUUCAGGCUCCUGAUGCUGAUCGCUUGUUUUAUGAGUUUGCUCUUGAUCAAUCUGAAAGGUUCCCAACUCUGAACAGGUGGAUACAGAUGCAAACUAACCUCCAUCGUGUGUCAGAAUUUGCUGUAACUGCAAAUCAAACAGCUGAUGACAGCAAUCUUGAAGCACGAACUUCUGUUAAGAGAGUUCGUGAACUUGACACUGAGACAGAGUCAGAUGCUGAUGACAUUGUGAGUAGUAUCCCUGGAGCUCUGUCUGACCUAAGUAGCCAUGGGAUUGAAGCCUCAGAUUUCUGGCUGGAUUCCUCAAAAUCUGAAGGCUCUCAACUUGACACGACAGUUUUCCUUUCCUUUGAUUGGGAUAAUGAGCAACCAUAUGAAAGGGCUGUAGAACGACUGAUUGAUGAAGGAAAGUUAAUGGAUGCUCUUGCACUGUCUGAUCGCUUUCUACGGAAUGGGGCCUCUGAUCAGCUUCUUCAGUUAGUCAUUGAACGAACAGAAGAAGUCCAUUCAAAUUCUGCACAGCAUCAAGGAUUUGGGGGGCGAAAUAUUUGGAGUAAUAGUUGGCAAUACUGCCUAAGGUUGAAAGACAAACAGCUGGCUGCUAGAUUAGCCCUAAGGUAUGUGCACUCAUGGGAAUUAGAUGCUGCUUUGGAUGUUCUCACAAUGUGCAGCUGCCAUCUUCCUGAAAACGAUUCCAUAAGGAAGGAGGUUUUGCAAAUGAAACAAGCUUUGCAGAGAUACAGUCACAUAUUGAGUGCAGAUGAUCAUUAUACAAGCUGGCAAGAGGUUGAAGCAGAUUGCAAGGAAGAUCCAGAGGGUCUGGCACUUAGGUUAGCUGGAAAAGGAGCUGUUUCUGCUGCACUUAAAGUGGCAGAAAGUGCAGGAUUAUCAAUUGAUUUACGGAGAGAAUUGCAGGGGCGGCAGCUUGUGAAGCUUCUGACUGCUGACCCCCUUAAUGGAGGAGGACCUGCUGAAGCCUCGCGCUUUCUUUCUUCAUUAAGGGACACAGAUGAUGCUUUGCCAGUUGCUAUGGGUGCAAUGCAGCUUUUACCCAAUUUGCGGUCAAAGCAACUUCUUGUUCAUUUCUUCCUGAAGCGAAGAGAAGGGAAUCUGUCCGAUGUUGAGAUUUCCCGGCUUAACUCAUGGGCUUUGGGGCUUCGUGUGUUGGCUGUCUUGCCCUUGCCAUGGCAACAAAGGUGUUCUUCCCUGCAUGAGCAUCCUCAUCUGAUUAUGGAAGUGCUACUGAUGAGAAAACAAUUGCAAUCUGCGACAUUGAUAUUAAAGGAAUUUCCUUCUUUACGAGACAAUCAUGUGAUUACUACAUAUGCAACUAAGGCUAUUGCUGUCAGUAUCAGCUUGCCUCCUAGGGAACAUCGCAUAUCUCUUACAGGAUCCAGACCAAAACAGAAGACAAGAUCAGGUGCCCCACAAAGAUCAUCCUUUACGAGCAGUCUAAGUAACUUACAAAAAGAGGCUCGUAGAGCUUUUUCAUGGGCUCCAAAAAAUACUGUGGAAAAAAACGCUCCUAAAGAUGUUUAUAGGAAAAGAAAAAGCUCGGGAUUGUCUCCCUCUGAUAGAGUUGCUUGGGAAGCAAUGACUGGAAUACAAGAGGACCGUGUUUCAUCUUUUUCAACAGAUGGGCAAGAGCGGCUUCCUUCCGUUUCAAUUACUGAGGAAUGGAUGCUUACAGGUGACCCAUCAAAAGAUGAAAGCAUUCGUUCUUCUCACAGAUAUGAAAGUGCCCCUGACAUCACAUUGUUCAAGGCACUGCUUGCUCUUUGCUCUGAUGAAUUAGUGUCCGCCAAAAUAGCCCUUGACUUGUGCAUUAAUCAAAUGAAGAAUGUCUUGAACUCUCAGCAGUUGCCUGAGAAUGCAUCUAUGGAAACAAUUGGUCGAGCAUAUCAUGCCACAGAAACAUUUGUCCAGGGUCUACUUUAUGCCAAAUCAUUGCUAAGAAAGCUUGCAGGUGGUAGUGAAUUGCCAAGUAAUUGGGAAAGAAAUAGAGAUACCGAUGACACAUCAUCUGAUGCUGGUAGCUCCAGUGUGGGUAGUCAAUCCACAGAUGAGCUUUCUGAAAUUUUGUCACAGGCAGAUAGGUGGCUGGGUCGCGCAGAGCUGCUGCAAAGCCUUUUGGGAUCAGGGAUUGCUGCUUCUCUUGAUGACAUAGCUGAUGGAGAGUCAUCUGCCCAUCUUCGUGACAGAUUGGUUGCAGAGGAACGGUACAGCAUGGCUGUUUAUACUUGCAAAAAGUGUAAGAUUGAUGUCUUCCCAGUGUGGAAUGCAUGGGGUCAUGCGUUAAUUCGGAUGGAGCGCUAUGGACAUGCUCGUGUGAAAUUUAAGCAAGCUCUUCAGUUGCACAAGGGUGACCCUGGACCAGUUAUUCUAGACAUUAUUAAUACAAUUGAAGGUGGCCCUCCAGUUGAUGUUUCAGCUGUUCGUUCUAUGUAUGAACACCUGGCUAAAAGUGCACCCACAAUCUUGGAUGAUUCUCUUUCUGCUGAUUCAUAUCUCAACAUCUUAUACAUGCCAUCAACAUUCCCUCGUUCAGAGAGGUCAAGACGUUCACAACUGUCUGCAAAUAAUAAUUCUGUGUAUAGUCGAGACUUUGAAGAUGGUCCUCGGAGUAACCUGGAUAAUACUAGAUAUGCUGAAUGUGUUAAUUACUUAAAAGAGUAUGCACGCCAGCAUUUGCUUGGCUUUAUGUUUAGGCAUGGUCACUACCAUGAUGCUUGCUUCUUGUUCUUUCCCCCUGAUGAAGUUCCCCCACCACCACAGCCAUCAAUAACAAGUGGAGUGUCUUCUUCAUCACCCCAACGACUAGAUUCUUUGGCAACUGAUUAUGGAACAAUUGAUGAUCUGUGUGAAUUGUGCAUUGGUUAUGGUGCUAUGCCUAUUUUGGAGGAAGUCCUUUCAACUAGAAUGUCAUCAACUGAAUCUCAGGAUGCAGCGGUGAAUCAGUAUACAAUGACAGCCCUUACCCGUAUUUGCCUCUAUUGUGAAACUCACAAGCAUUUCAAUUAUUUAUACAGGUUUCAGGUAAUCAAAAUGGACCAUGUUGCUGCUGGACUGUGUUGCAUUCAGUUGUUUGUGAAUUCUUCUUCACAAGAGGAAGCCAAUAGACAUUUGGAACGUGCCAAGAUGCACUUUGACGAAGGAUUGUCUGCAAGGCAUAAAGGUGGGGAAUCUACUAAGCUUGUAACAAAAGGUGUUCGAGGAAAAAGUGCAUCUGAAAAGCUUACAGAAGAAGGUCUUGUAAAAUUUUCUGCCCGAGUAUCAAUCCAGGUUGAAGUUGUUAAAUCCUUUAAUGACUCGGAAGGACCACAGUGGAAACAUUCACUUUUUGGGAAUCCAAAUGAUCCAGAAACUUUUAGACGAAGAUGUAAAAUUGCAGAGGUUCUUGUCGAGAAGAAUUUUGAUUUGGCAUUCCAAUUGAUCUAUGAAUUCAAUCUUCCUGCUGUUGAUAUAUAUGCUGGUGUUGCUGCAUCUCUUGCUGAGAGAAAAAGAGGCAGCCAAUUGACAGAAUUCUUUAGAAACAUCAAGGGUACAAUAGAUGACGAUGACUGGGAUCAGGUGUUAGGUGCCGCAAUAAAUGUAUAUGCUAAUAAGCAUAAAGAGCGUCCAGACCGUCUGAUAGACAUGUUAACUAGCAGCCACAGGAAGGUUCUUGCUUGUGUAGUUUGUGGUCGAUUAAAAAGUGCAUUUCAAAUUGCUUCAAGGAGUGGUAGUGUUGCUGAUGUUCAAUAUGUUGCGCAUCAGGCACUGCAUGCAAAUGCACUUCCCGUGCUUGAUAUGUGUAAGCAAUGGUUGGCUCAAUACAUGUAACCAAUUGCUAGAAGAAUCUGAGUGUCCAAAGCGCAUAUUUUGGUUUAUUUA